AUGUCAUUUACUCAGUUUGGAUAUCCGUACAGCGGCAACUCUCAGUUUUUGGUUUCGACAAAUCCAAGUGCAAUGUGUUAUGAUUCCUCGAUAUCGAAAUCGCUGCCCGAGGUCUCUGCUACUUCUGCCCAGACCCCGACCAUCUGCUGCCCCUCUUAUGAGAACAGGCUGCUGGUCAGCACAAGGACUGAUCUGAGUGCAGCGCUAGGAGUGUACAACCCUCAGUACAGCACAGCCAGUGCAGGCUACACCGGCUGCCUCCCCUGCACUCCUGACCCAGCAUCCCUGUAUUCCACUCUGAGCUCUCAGUAUGAAAUGAAGGAUGGCGCCAGCUCUCUGCACCCAGGGAUAGCUCAGCCUGCUGCCUACUAUCCAUAUGAUCACUCCUUGGGGCAGUACCAGUACGACAGGUUCGGAACGCUGGAUUUUACGGUCUCCACAAGACGUAAAAAUGCAACCAGAGAGACCACAAGCACCCUAAAGACCUGGCUAUAUGAGCAUCGAAAAAAUCCCUAUCCAACGAAAGGUGAAAAAAUUAUGCUGGCGAUUAUUACAAAGAUGACCCUCACACAAGUGUCUACUUGGUUUGCUAAUGCCAGAAGGAGGUUAAAAAAGGAAAAUAAAAUGACCUGGUCGCCAAAAAAUAAGCCUGGAGAUGAAAGUAAAGAAGAGAAAUAAGAAAAAUUCAGCAAAAGUGAGAAGGAGCUGAAGCAAACUGACUUGGAAGACAACGCGGAAGAGGUGACCAGUUUACAGAGUAAAGACAAGAACGUGGAAUGCCAUCAUGAUCUGACCAGAUCCACCUUGCUUGCUUCAGAGACCAGUGAAAGCCUUUUGACCCAAAAUUAUAAUGCAGCCAGCAGUCCGUGUGCCAAGGAUAAUAUGGAAGACUUUUUGGGACUAAUGGUGGGGAAAAAAAGCUUCCAAGGAUACAGCGAACACAUAGUAAGUUGUGAGAGUGCUGAAAAACCUAGAAUAUGGUCUUUGGCUCACACAGCUGGUGCCACAAUUACUGUGGACGCUGAAAGUGGUGAGAGUAGGCCAAUGAGUCCGGACUGUCUCUUUGUGAGAAGAAGACACUCUACCCAUGGCUUGUGCGGUGAGACAAGGUCCUUGCAUAGUAUAAAGACUCACACCGAAUGUUCUUUUGAAGAAAUGUCCCAAUCAGCUAAGGUUUAUAGAACUUCAACAUUCAACUUAAAAUCAUUUCAACUCAGCUGUCCGUACCCUGUCAUGGGAGAAUCAUGUGAAUAUUCCUCUGGAGUGGAAGGGACUGAAAGGACAAUGAAGACAAGUAAUGACAUUUCAGAAUACAGGCAAACUAGUUUUAUGGAGGAAAAUGACUUGAUAAGGACUGCAUUUAGGCCAGUUAUGAGAAGAUUCAUUCAUCAGACCUAA